GUUCCCUGUGAUUUUUCUGGCUGCAAGGAUGGCUUACAUUCAGUACAUUCCCGCUGCUCAGAAACAUUUAUCUAAUUUAUGUAGCAUAGGACCUUAAAAGCAACCCGAAAUUUUUUUUAAUUUAAGAUCAUAUGUGUAAAAAACGAUAAGGUAAACCAAAAGCCAAGUCCAAAGUUUCAUGACCAGAGAAGAUCAUGACAUUGUAAAUCCACUUUUCUGGAAGCUGGACAAGAGCCAUGGGCAAGGAGCAGGACCUUCUUCUGGCUGUGAAGAAUGGAGACCUUCCUUCAGCUCAUAAACUUCUGGCCAAGAUCAAGACAAACAGAAAUAAGUUGCUGGGCUCCACAAAGAGGCUGAAUGUGAACUACCAAGACCAAGAUGGUUUUUCAGCACUUCAUCAUGCGGCUCUCACUGGCACUACUGACCUCUUGUCUCUGCUGUUGGAGGCACAGGCCACUGUGGACAUCAAAGACAGUAAUGGUAUGCGUCCAUUGCACUAUGCUGCUUGGCAGGGGAAGGCUGACUCUGUACUUAUGCUGCUGAGAGCCGGAGCUUCUGUGAAUGGGGCUUCACAAGAUGGACAGAUCCCUCUCCACCUGGCUGCACAGUAUGGACACUAUGAAGUGUCUGAAAUGCUACUACAACACCAGUCCAACCCCUGUGCUGUCAACAAGGCGAAGAAGACCCCCCUGGACCUGGCCUGUGAGUUUGGUAGACUCAAGGUGACCCAGCUAUUGUUGAGCAGUAACAUGGUGGUAGCUCUCUUAGAGGGGAACGGCAGAGAUAACACCCCCCUGCAUCUUGCUGCCCGCAAUGGUCAUAAGGACAUCAUCAGACUGCUGCUGAAAGCUGGGAUUGACAUCAACAGAACCACUAAAUCUGGAACGGCUCUGCACGAGGCUGCCCUCUACGGGAAAACGGAAGUAGUAAACUUAUUGCUUGAUGCUGGGAUCGAUGUGAACAUCCGCAACACCUACAAUCAAACAGCCUUGGACAUCGUGAACCAGUUCACCACUUCACAUGCCAGCAAAGAAAUCAAACAACUCCUUAGAGAUGCCAGUGGAGCAUUACAGGUGAGAGCUUUAAAGGACUACUGGAAUCUCCAUGACCCCACUGCACUCAACAUCCGGGCAGGAGAUAUAAUCAUGGUCUUAGAGCAGCACAUGGAUGGACGUUGGAAAGGACACAUCCAUGACAGUCAGAGAGGCACUGACCGUGUGGGAUUCUUCCCUCCAUCCAUUGUGGAAGUCAUUAGUCGCAGAUCAGGGGGCGUUCUCUCCCGACAGGCCUCACUGCCUAUCCAGAGACAUCCCAUUCUGUCCAGAGCGCUGCCCUCACAAAGUUCUCAUCACACCUCUCACACUGACGACUCCUACACCUUAUACUCAUCCACCCGUCCUGUACUGUCUCACCACAACGGGCUGGAGCAGCACCCAGGUGCCAUUCCCGACAGUCCCAGUGCCCUGUGUAAGCCACCUAGUCCCAAAGAGCCAGAGGAUAUUUGGGUCCUCAGAACCUCUGUUAAUGCAGGUGACCGGAACAGUGUGGGCAGUGCAGGCAGCAUGGGCAGCAGUCGCAGUGCCGGCAGUGGACAGAGCACUGAAGGAAAUAAUGGACCCAGUCGGUUACCUUCUUCUAUCCAGGACCCCACCAAGCUGCCUCCCUCUGCUGGAGAACUGGUGGAACAGUGCAGUCAGGCCCCUGACCCCGCAAAACACACGGACCCUCAUUCAGGUUCUCUUGGAUGGAGGAUUCCACUGAGCGGCUCCAGACCUGGAGAACAUCAUGUCAUACACCCACAGCAAGUUCUAGAUGGCAAGGAUGCUGAGGCUAUUUACCAGUGGCUCUGUGAGUUUCAGCUUGAGCAGUACACAUCUAAUUUCCUCACAGCUGGUUAUGAUGUGCCCACAAUCAGCAGAAUGACCCCUGAGGAUCUCACCGCUAUUGGCGUUACAAAGCCUGGCCACCGCAAGAAGAUCUCCAUGGAGAUCGGCAACAUGAAUAUCCCAGAAUGGUUGCCGGAUUACAUUCCAUCUGAUAUUGGGAAGUGGCUCAGUGCUAUUGGGCUGCCACAAUACCAGAAAAAGCUAGCAGAGAAUGGAUAUGACUCCAUCAGCAUAGUGCAGGAAAUCACAUGGGAGGAUCUGCAGGAAAUUGGCAUCACUAAACUGGGCCAUCAGAAAAAGCUGAUGCUUGCUGUUAAGAAGCUCAGUGACGUCCAGAAGGCUCGUAAGAACCAGGCUGAAGGGCAGGCAUUGCUACAGCGCAGGAGACUUCCUCCCGCCCUCGAGCUGGUGGCCAUCGAGCAUCACGACAGCUCUGAAUGCCCCUCAUCACCUCUAUCUCCAAAGAUGCUCACAUUCCAGGACAGUGAGUUGAGCAUUGAGCUACAGAACGCCAUGGCGAGCAGCGGAUAUGGUGGAGGCCAAGAUGGUCUCAGUCACAUGAGUGAAACAGCCAUGCGUCUUAGUCAAGAAAGCAUUGGUACACGGUCAGGAGGGUCGGGACGGUCGCAAGAACGUCCAAUGGCAUCGGUAUCCCCCAACAGCCGCUCACAAGAGAGCCUAGGCAGCAUGGACAACAGUCCCAACAAGGAACAAUAUGCCAUUAUGGAAUCUCAGGAUAGAAGCCAAAUAUCACCUGUCAAAAUGCCACCAGUUUUGCCACUACAACCUCAUCAGCCCUCAUCUGGCAGUCCAGCAAGAACACCACCCAUAACCACUAGUAAAAUAGCACGUUUUGCAUAUCCACCCAUCCUCACCAAACCUAGACCGGUGGUUUCUCCCUCUCAGCCCCAUCCUGGAUCACCUCUUCAGAGGGGCUUUAGCUACCUCCAGCAUCAAAACUGCAACACCAACAUGGGAAGCCCAAGUCUAGUCAGAGCCAUGCAGCCAAACGGGAACACAUUGCGAUCCAAAAAACGCACUCAGAGUCUUUCACGCUAUGCCAUGUCGGAUGGAGAGAACGAAAAAGAUGAGAUCUCCGCUCCUACGACAACUUCCACCAAUGUGGCAUCUUAUGCCACGCUUACUCGCAAACCAGGCCGCAGCCAACCAUCUUACAGUUCCAGUGAGCAUCAAGUGGGCCGCAGUUAUUCCUUCGCCAUACGUGCCAGAAGGAAAGGUCCUCCUCCUCCCCCUCCAAAGCGACUAAGCUCUGCCCAGAGUGGGGUAACUACAAGUGGGGUUGAAUCAGAGAGCGCAGGAAGCGUCAGAAGCAUUGCAUCCAGGCUGGAGAACAAUACAGGGAGCCCCAACAAGACGUGUAACAGCCCUGUUUCUAAAGCCAUGUCCCCAGCCAUCUCACCAAAAAAUAUGGAAAACCGUAGGAGGACUACUAGUGAAUCUUCUAUGUAUAAAACGAAGCAUGGUGGAGAGAAUCUUGCUGGUGAAAACAUCAGCCCUCUGAGGAACCAACCAAGUUCAACAUCCUCACAGGAGAGCAUACCUUUCGCAGAAGAGGGCAAAGUUACAAUCAAACAAAGGACCAAAAUAGCAUCCCCUAAGAUAGAGUCUGAGGCUGGUGUUGAUAUUUUGAAGCUGGCACAAUCUAUCAAAUCAUCCUUGGAGGUGCAUGAGUUUAACUUAAAGGAAUCAGACACAGUCAAAAGGAGACAGAAGCCAAAAGAACUGCAGAUGAAAGGUCAGGGCACCAGCAUGGAAAUAGGAAAUGAGAAGGCCACAGAGACAGAGAUGGUAUCACAAUGCAUGCAGAAUGGUGGAUUGAUAAAUCCAUAUAAAUCGGUCCUCUCUCCGAAACCAGGAUCUCCACAUAAACCCCCCACCCCUUCUAAGCCCACACGCCACUCUUCUGCAGCAAACUCAGGACGGACAGUCAGUGUCGUACAGAGCUUGGCUUUUGCCGUCACACCUCCAUGUAGCCCUCUGGCUCGCUGUCCACCAAACAAAACACCUCAAGGUCAGUCUGUGCUAGCAGGAAAGUCUGUGACGGAAGGCCAUAACGUGCUGGUCCACAAACGACUUGAGCAAACCAGCACCUCUCUCGAGGCGGCACUAAAAGUUGUGGAAAAGAAGUUGGCCCAGGAAGAUCCAGCAGACAGGGGCAUUAACACAGUGAAGUCAGCUGGGAACAUUCUUGAUGAUAUUGGGAACAUGUUCGAUGAUCUUGCUGACCAGCUGGAAGCCAUGUUGGAUUGACCUACUGUAAUUCCUACAGGUAUAACCUUUGCGUUGGGCCUUCACAUGGGAGCUUCUGGAUGUUUGAGACGUGCAAUGUCUAUCUUUUCAGACUUUGUUUACGCACUUUAGUGGUCCUGCUUACAAGUAUUGGUUUUUAACAGUUGAAUUAAAUGAGCUAAUUUAAGAUACCAGUAGUAACAGACUGUUGGCUGGAUCGUGCCUCAAAUUUCUAAA